CUAGAUGGCAGCAGUAGUAUCAAAGUGGUUUUUCUGUCGAAAAGCGUCGUGUUCCUAGAGAAAUUUUUGUUCUGAGAGAUAAAAGCGAUAUUUUCCGAAGGAAAAUCACUGAAAUAACACCCAUCGAGCAUCGAGUGUGAACUCUGAAAUAUGCGGAUGGCCAUAUAAACGGUAGACGAGAGCCAAUCAGAACAGGCGCUGCCAACAAUCUCCUCUCUAUCGCAAACCGCACCCAAGAACAGCUAUACAGCGCUACCAGCACAAUCGCAAAUUCUCUCCGUCACAAGCCAACUUCAACGAGUACAGAUACAUCUGGCUUGAGGACAAGUAGAGCGAGAGAGUGAGGAGAGAGAGAGAGAGUAAAAAGCGCCACGCCGGUUUCCAGCAAAAAUAAGCCCCUCUCCCUGCCAGAUCUGUCUAGUGUGUGUGUUUGUUAGCUUGAGGGCAGUGGAGACGUUGAAGUGAGACGUGAGGAAAAGUUUGGUUACUGGAAGUGGGCAGAAAGAUGGCUGACCAAUUAACAGAAGAACAAAUUGCCGAAUUCAAAGAGGCUUUCUCCCUGUUCGACAAAGACGGAGAUGGAACGAUCACUACAAAAGAAUUGGGAACUGUUAUGCGCUCACUAGGACAGAAUCCAACAGAAGCUGAACUUCAAGAUAUGAUAAAUGAAGUAGAUGCUGAUGGUAAUGGCACAAUUGACUUUCCCGAGUUUUUAACGAUGAUGGCACGCAAAAUGAAAGACACGGAUAGCGAAGAAGAGAUUCGAGAAGCGUUUCGAGUGUUUGACAAGGAUGGCAAUGGAUUCAUUUCGGCGGCUGAAUUGCGCCAUGUGAUGACAAAUUUGGGUGAAAAGUUAACAGAUGAGGAGGUAGAUGAAAUGAUCCGAGAGGCUGACAUCGAUGGCGACGGGCAGGUCAAUUAUGAAGAAUUCGUAACCAUGAUGACAUCAAAGUGAGCUGCUGCAGGUAUAUGUUCGCCUUUGUAUUUGUUAAAGACUGUAGCCAAUUCGCAAUUCCAUCAUGCGAUGUCCUUGCUAUGGGAUAAUUUAUUGAAUGGAUAUAUAUUAUGAGAGGAAAUUACAAAGUAAAAAAAAAAAAGAAAACCGGGAGAUUGAAUUUGAUGCGUAUAAAAAAAACAAGAAAAAUUUAAAAAAAGAAAUCCAACACUUCAAGAAAACAUUGAUUCAAAGAGAAAAAAAAGUUUAAAUGGAGAUAAAAAAAACAUGAAGUAAAAAUUAUAAAAAAUUGUAGUGAAAAUGAAAUAAAAAAAAUAUGAAUAAAAUUUAAAUUAUAAGAAGUAAUUUAAAUUCUUGUAACAGAACACAAAUAAGAUAACUAAUUAAAUUUAAUCACUAUCCCUAAUCUAUUUGUGUAAAUUUUUGUAAAAUAUUUCAUUGUGCUGUUAUUCGACGCCGAUGUAUGUUGUUAAAUAUUAAGACAUGAUGGAAAACAAGUAAAAAAAAAAACAAAAAAGGAUUAUAUAUAUACAAUGAAAAGAGGACAAUUUUUAGAUGGUAUUAAAAAAAACAUCCAACUUGCGAAUUGAAAUAGUUUAAAAGAAAUUAAAAAAAAAAAUUAAUAAAAAACAGAUAUAUUGAAAAAACAUAAUUUUUCCUCGGAUAUUUCAAAAAAUAAAAAAAUCAGCAUCAUUUGCAAAUUGCAUUGAAGUCGAUAAAUGGGAAAAUGCAAAGAAAAUCAACACGUAACAAUGAAAAAAAAACACAUGCGGUUUGAUCUUGGCGUCUUUUUUAGGUAACUCUUGAAACUCACCUUUUGAAAUUUUCAACUGAGUGCUGUACGAGAAAAUGAAGCAUAACGGAAUGAGAAGGUAAAAAAAAUGGAAAGAAAAUCUUUAUAUACACGAUGAAUAAUAAAGAAAAUGCAUACUUUACUUGGUAGGGUUACAAAAAAAAUAUAUGAAACAAUCCACCUUAUUUAUUGUAAUUUGUACAUUAUAAUAAAUUUUCAUAUGAAUGGGAAGAAAGAUAAACUCACAAAUUUUAAAUGCGAGAGUUACUUUUUCUUUUUUUUUAAAUAGAAAAAAAACAACAACAUGGGAAAACAGAACUACUUUUAAAAAAAUGUAUCUUAAGACAAUGUGAUUUUAGUCAAAUUCAAUUGGUGAGCUUUCUUCGUAAUAUUCUCCCUAAAAAAAAACAAGUUUAAAUAAAUCUGGCGCGAAAUUUUUUGGAAAGAAAUCUAAUGGAAAAAAAAAUCUUGAAGAUUUAUAGAAAAGAAAAAUAAAACUACAGCAUUUUACCUCUUGACUAUACCACAUGAAUUAAAUAUAAAAAAAAAUUAACAAGAUAUAAAAAAUACUAGAAAUGCAAGAUAAAAAAAGUAAGUGUACCUAGAUGAUGAGAAAAAAAAUCUAUUAUGUGUACUUCUUGAUUUUUGUCUGUGUAAUAAAACAUAUAAAUAAAUAUAAGAAGUAUAAUGCAUUAAAAAACACAAGAAAUCCUAUGAAAAAAAAUUAUUUGACAUGAUAACGAAGAAAAAAAAACAAUUUAGAGUAAUGGAGAUAUAAAAAAAAUUAUCUACUUGUGUGUAUUCCUUUUAUUAAAUUCAUUCAAAUAAGUUUCCCUUUGCAAAAAAAAUAAGAAAAAAAAUCUUUUCAAGUUAAAAAAAAUAUAAGUAUAAAAAGCAAAUGAUAAGAAUCCUUUCUUUUUGAAUUAAAAAAAAACUCCCACAACUAUCGAACGGAAAAACCACAAAAAAAACACUUGAUUAUAUAUAACUUAAAGUACUUCAUUUCCGCAAGAUAAGUUUAGGUGAAUUUAAAAGCAAAAGUGAAAGAAAAAAAUUUUGAAAAAAACAAGAUAUGGAAAUUUCAAAAUAAGUAAUUUCACGAAUUCUUAGUAAAUAAAAAGACAUAACAUGAUUAAUGUUUAUCACUUUCUUUUUUUUACAAAAAAAAAACAUGAGAAGCAAGAAAAAACCCUUAUACUACUUAUUGUAAUACUAUAUUUUAAAAAAAAACAAACUAUUUCAAUAAUAAUUUCUCGUUAGAAAACAAAA